CGCUGCCCCUGGCGGCGUUGCGAGUCAUAACGAAAUUUCCACCAUCCCGAUGAAGCUCACAGUGCUCACGACGCUCGCUGUCUGCGCCAUGGCCGCCAACUUGAAGACGCCGAUCCCGGCCAAAUUCACCGUCAGCUGCUCGACAGAGGAGAACGCGAUUCUCAAACAGCUCCAGUCCACGAGCACGUACGUGCAGUGCGUCAAGGACGGGCCAACGUCGGUGGACGACAUUUGCGCCGUCCAUUCGUGCGUCGACGCCGCCCAAAACUUGGUCGGCAAGGUCCCCAACUGCAUCUCGAACACCUCGGCGCUGAUCCUCGAUGUUGAGUUAUACGUCCUCAAUUGCGGCGUCGACCGGAACCUCAUCGUGCCGACCAACCACACCGACUCCAACGCCACAACGGUGCCCAUUGUGACCGUCCCAGCCAAUACGAUCACUCCAGAGCCCAAAAAAGCGGCGCCGUCGGCGGCCAUCGCCAACUCGGCCUCACUCCUUGCGAUGGGCGCAGUGAUCUACGCCAUGGCGUAAAUGCUGAAUCAAGAAGGCGCUACGUAGAUCAGCGCUCGCAAGGGCCUGUCGUGCUCAUGGCUAGGAGACAUAUGGAUCAGUGCAAGCGGCCUCCGUAUCAUAUCAAAAUGAUAUUUUUUCUAUCGCAAAGUUAAACUACGAUCGUUGAAACUCGGCA